UCCACUGCAGUAACAUAGUAGUAGGUAUCGACCUUCACAAACAUAUCACUUUCACCGAUCAUCGCGACGACUUCCCAACGGCAUCACGAUCGACUCAACAAGGGCAGAAACACGAUAUUUUAUGAAACCCGUUUAGAAAGACUACCCUUGGCUCAGCAAAGCUAUACUCUACGAACCGAAAGGGCAGGCAAGCUAGCUAGCUGUGCACGUCACCCAUACCCUCCGAUUCCAACGACAUCACAUACAUAACCGCCAACAUGAGUAACGACGCUAUUGCCGACUUUCUUUCCGAGCAGCGCGAUGAAGCUCCCGAAGAGUUGCAGCCUCUCAUUCUCGACUUCGAGAACUUCUGGGAACGAAAGCUCUGGCACCAGCUUACUGAUGCCCUCAUCGAUUUCUUCAGCCAUCCCGAGAGUGCCCCCCAAAGGCUACAAUUCUACAGAGUCUUUAUUCUCAAGUUUGCCGAUAAAAUUAAUCAGCUGAAGCUUGUGGACCUAGCAUUGAAGGCAGCAACAGAGUGCGAUGAGGAAGAGGAGCGCCUUUCUUUCCUGCAAUCGGUCGCGAAGAAGGUCGACAACGAGAACUCUCAAGAUGCCUACGUCUUCGCUUUGGUUGCCGUCGCCCAAGCAAAGCUAGACUUGGAGGAACUAGAUGGAGCACGUAAGGAUCUUGACACAGCUGAGAGGAUACUGGACUCGUUCGACUCUGUCGAGAAUGUUGUCCACGCUGCUUUCUACGAUGCCAACGCCAUCUACUACCAGCGCAAGAUGGACUUUUCCAACUACUACCGCACUGCCCUUCUCUACCUGGCAUGUAUCGAUAUCAACGAGCUUUCCCCCGACGAGCGACACAAGCGGGCUUAUCACCUCAGCAUUGCUGCUCUCGUCUCGACAAGCAUCUACAACUUUGGAGAACUUCUCCUUCAUCCUAUUCUUGACGUCCUCUCCAAGAGCGAGCACUCUUGGAUGCGAGAUCUGCUCUUUGCCUUCAACCGUGGCGAUCUUGCAGCUUACGAUCAACUGUCGGAUCGAAUCGAUUCUCACAAACUUCUCAAGAGCAACUCGACGCAUCUUCGUCAAAAGAUUUACCUUUCUGCUCUCACUGAGGCCGUCUUCCGUCGUGCUCCCCAUGACCGCACCCUCACUUUUGCCACUAUUGCUCAAGAAACCAAGGUUCGUCCCGAGGAGAUUGAACAUCUCAUCAUGAAGGCCCUGAGCCUUGGUCUGCUGCGAGGCACCAUUGACCAGGUAGAUGGUGUUGCGCAAAUCACCUGGGUUCAACCCAAGGUACUCGACAUGAAGCAGAUUGCCGCGAUGCGUCAGCGACUACUUGACUGGGACUCAAGCGUCAACCAACUCGGUAACUGGAUCGAGUCGGCUGGCAAGGAUGUGUGGGCCGCAUAGGACAUGCAACUGGCAAGAGUGUUUAAGGCGGCAUCAAAACGAACCCAUGUGUACAGUAUAGACAGAUAGAAACUUCUCUAUAGGUAGAUGAUGAUAUUUUACCC